GAUUAUUAUUUAUCCGUUCCCACCCACUCCGUUUUUUCCUGAGGAGAGCGCAGUUCCUGGAACACGACAGGGCGGCAAGUGUCCCGGACAGAUCGCUAUCACGGUUCGCUUAUCUUCGGAUAAUCUCAAUGCUCGAAUAAGACCGACUUGACUGACACGUUGUUACUUCCACCGCAAAGAUGGGCUCGCUCUUUCGUAGCGAGGAGAUGACCUUGUGUCAGCUGUUUCUUCAAAGCGAGGCUGCCUAUGCCUGUGUCUCUGAGCUUGGCGAGCUCGGUCUGGUGCAAUUUCGCGAUUUGAAUCCCGAUGUCAAUGCCUUCCAACGAAAAUUCGUCAACGAGGUACGUCGGUGCGACGAGAUGGAGCGCAAGUUGCGCUACUUGGAGAAGGAAAUCAAGAAGGAUGGUAUUCCGAUGUUGGAUACUGGCGAGAACCCGGAAGCGCCGCAGCCACGGGAGAUGAUCGACUUGGAGGCCACCUUCGAGAAGUUGGAGAACGAGUUGAGAGAAGUAAAUCAGAAUGCCGAAGCACUCAAACGCAAUUUCCUGGAGCUAACUGAGCUCAAGCACAUUCUAAGAAAGACUCAGGUCUUCUUCGAUGAGCAAGAGCACGCGGGCUUGAACCCCACCGAGUCCAUGACACGUGCGUUGAUUAGCGAUGAUAAUAUCGCUCGCCAGUCCGCCCUUGGCCCUGUCCAAUUGGGGUACGUACUCCCGUUACACUUCCAUCCUUAUCGUACCAAGUCCCAGGAAUCCGAAGAUUAUAUGAAAUCCUUCGUCGCUGGAGUUAUCCUGAGAGAACGCAUCCCCGCGUUCGAGCGCAUGCUGUGGCGUGCGUGCCGCGGAAAUGUCUUCCUGCGCCAAGCGGAAAUUGAAACUCCUCUGGAGGAUCCUUCGACGGGGGACCAGGUGUACAAAUCGGUCUUCAUCAUCUUCUUCCAAGGCGACCAGUUGAAGACUCGUGUGAAAAAGAUCUGCGAAGGUUUCAGAGCGACUCUGUAUCCUUGUCCGGAAGCGCCAGCUGAUCGAAGAGAGAUGGCAAUGGGUGUCAUGACACGCAUUGAAGAUUUGAAUACUGUCCUAGGACAAACACAGGAUCAUCGUCAUCGCGUUCUAGUGGCUGCCGCGAAGAACAUCAAGAACUGGUUCAUCAAGGUCCGCAAAAUUAAGGCGAUCUAUCACACUCUUAAUCUUUUCAACUUGGACGUAACUCAGAAGUGUCUGAUCGCCGAGUGCUGGGUGCCUGUCUUGGACAUCGAGAUCAUCCAAUUAGCGUUGAGACGCGGAACGGAGCGCAGCGGAAGUUCUGUACCGCCUAUCCUGAAUCGCAUGGAGACGUUCGAAGAUCCGCCAACAUAUAAUCGCACAAACAAGUUCACGAAAGGCUUCCAGGCAUUAAUCGACGCGUACGGAGUCGCCUCUUAUCGUGAGAUGAAUCCUUCGCCCUACACCAUCAUCACAUUCCCGUUUCUGUUUGCAAUAAUGUUCGGCGACACCGGCCACGGUCUCAUAAUGUUCUUGUUUGGCGGAUGGAUGGUACUGAAGGAAAAACCACUGGCAGCUAAGAAAAGCGACAACGAGAUCUGGAACAUCUUCUUUGGCGGUCGUUAUAUCAUCUUUCUUAUGGGUCUGUUUUCAAUGUAUACGGGUCUUAUUUACAACGACAUAUUCUCAAAGUCGCUCAACAUCUUUGGCUCCAACUGGAUGGUGAACUACAAUCGUAGCACCGUCCAGACAAACAAGGAUCUAACGCUGAAUCCCAGUUCCAUCGACUACAUCGAUUAUCCUUAUCCAUUUGGCAUGGAUCCAGUGUGGCAAUUGGCCGAGAACAAAAUCAUCUUUCAAAAUUCGUACAAGAUGAAAAUCUCUAUUAUUUUCGGCGUGAUACACAUGCUGUUCGGUGUGAUGGUCGGACUGUGGAACCACAUGUACUUCAAAAGGCGUCUGAACAUCACCUGCGAAUUCGUACCGCAAGUGAUUUUCCUCAUGGCGUUGUUCUUUUACAUGGUGAUACUCAUGUUCGUCAAAUGGAUUAAAUAUGGACCGAAGAACGAUUUAAUCGAAGGUCCUGGCUGCGCGCCCUCAGUACUUAUCACUUUUAUAAACAUGGUUCUCUUCAAGCCCGCUGCGAAAGUCGGCCAGUGCGAUCCUUACAUGUACGGCGGUCAAAGCGGUUUACAGAAAUUCCUGGUAGUCGUGGCUGUGCUUUGUAUACCGUGGAUGCUGCUGGCGAAGCCAAUCUUGACGAUGCGCAAUCAGAAGAAGCAGCACUAUCAGCUUAACAAUCACGGCGCCGAAAACGGCGAUGUGGAAACUAGUAUGGGAGCGUUGCAGCAGAGUGGAGGCGUCGUUCAGAGCGGCGGUGGUCACAAGGACGAGGACGAGAACACAAUGGAAAUGUUCAUUCAUCAGGGCAUACACACUAUUGAAUAUGUCCUUGGUAGCGUGUCGCAUACCGCUUCCUAUUUGCGAUUGUGGGCGUUGUCUCUCGCUCACGCCCAGCUGUCCGAGGUGCUGUGGAACAUGGUGAUGAGAAACGGUCUGGCGAGAGAAGGUUGGGACGGCGGCAUUGUUCUCUACGCUGUCUUCGCCUUUUGGGCGGUACUCACUGUAGGAAUCCUUGUGCUCAUGGAAGGUCUUUCGGCAUUCCUGCACACGCUUCGGUUGCAUUGGGUGGAGUUCCAAAGCAAGUUCUACGCUGGUUUGGGCUACAGCUUCCAACCGUUCUCUUUCGAAGUCAUCCUCGAUGCUGCCCAAGCGACUACUGAGGAUUAAAAUAAUUACUCUUUAACUAACAAUUCGUCAUUAUUAUUAUCUGUAUCAAUAUGAGGAUGUGAUCAGUCCACCAAUCCGCUUGAAACAAGUCAGUUAUAUAACUAGAAAGAUAGAGAACAAAAUGUCUCUAUAAAUAAAAAAUUAUACUCGUAGAUUAAGUUAUUGAUGGACAAAAAUACAAAUUAUUCCCCCACAUCUCUUAUGUAGUUUACGCAAACGAGCAGCGCUUUGAUCGAUAAGAUUAUAAGAUUUAUAAUGCGAGAUGAUGACGAGAAAAUAAGUCUCGAUAAAUUUUUUUUUCUCAUCUGGUAACAUGUAAAUAAGAUGUAUAUUGAAUAUUUGAAACUUUUUUCUUUGAGUGUGUAAAAUGUGUGGCAAUUAUACGUAGAUCUCUCUUUUGUCAUUAUCUAAUAUUAAAAGUCUCAGCAGUUUUACGAAUUGCAGUUGCUGUUUUACGCGAUCUAUACGAAAGUUCUCGUUACACAUUGUAGAGCCUGUAGAUCUGGAAACAAAUGUAUAUCGCAUAGACGAUCGAUGUUGUUCAGAAUAUCGUUAUGUAAUAAAGAAUGUGGCAUAUGAUUGA